AUGUAUCAAAAACACAGUGGCUCAUGACGGGCUACACUGUUCAGGCAUUUGUGGGUUCCCUCGACCUCUCCAGUGACUGUGUAAUGGCGACAUUUUCAAAUCUGCUGCAACCCGCGGUUGCCCGAACAAGUGACAAUGCGAGACAAGUGUAAUGCCAUGCCAUGUCCGUGAAACGCCUGGCGGUGCUGGCCGCGACGCAGUCCGAUGGCUACAUCGUCAACAAUAACAUGACGUCAUUUCCCGGGGCGCGAGCCGGCAUCCCGCUCCAUGGCAACGUCAACGUUCUGCUGAGUGGGGUGAUGCUGAGUGGCCUAGUCCUCCUGGUGUUUCUCAUCUGCUACUGUUGCCAUCGCAACGUAAACAAGAACUCGGAAAGACGCAGCGAAAUGUACCUACAAGAGCCGCUGGAGGUCUUUACCGUUGACGAGCAGUGCCCUGACGUGUUCCUGCAACCGGACCCCUGCCCCCAGACUGCCUCCAGCCCGCCCCCGACCUACGAGGCCGUCAUAAGGGACAGACCCCGGAAGAAGGUCGAAGAAGAGGACGACAGCGGACUGCCUACGUACCAGGCGGCGCUGCGACUGGCGGCUCAGGGCUACGUAUGAGCAACGCAGAAAGCCAAAAUAUGAGAGAAAUGAACGCACGAUGGGGAGACCAUGUUCUUCUGUUAGCCUGCUUCGUUUCCAAAAGAAAGUGGUACAUUCUGGUCCGCAGUAACAGUCGGUGUCGAACAAUAACGAACCCCUAAUUUACGCGAGGCUGAAGCACCCUAAAACGGCCCGUCGUGUGAAAAGGAACUUAAAAUAAAAUACGUUUUUCGAUGUAAAAAAUGUUUAACGAAACACGACGGGCAGCAAUGUAGUAGCAUCGCUCGUUUCAGUUGUGGGUUGUGUUGUGACAAUGUGUGGUCUUGCAGGUGGUUCGAAAGGUUUAGGAGGAAUUUCUUGUCUCCAUCUUACAUCUACCCGAAGGACAUAUUGUGAUAUGUUCUUUGGAAACGCUGGUAACCACACGGCUCCGAUAAAAAAAAAACAUUUUCGCCGCCAUGAAAAACUCAGAUCUCGUGUUUCAACUUCUUCCGCCAAACACCGAAUUAAGCCAUGCAGCAACUUUGGAUGUGCAACACGCAACUGGUGGCUGCUGUGGUACAGCACCAUCAAUGCAGUAAUCAAAAUUUCACACAAAUACCAAGAUAACCGAACACCCCGAGAACUACGAAUAAACCGCACGGCAUCACAAGCUGAUAUAAAGGGUGGAAUAAACUUCUAUCUUCGUCACAAGGUUCCCUGAAAUCUGAGCCAUGUCUGCAACAAACAUUUUCACAAGUUGGUCCAUAAUUAACUACAUACCGUUCCAGAAGUUAGUGCCUACCGAAGUGUUAUAUACCAACCAGUUAAAUCCCCAGUGAUAGUGAAAUGAACUAAUAGAAUUUGAGGUAACAUUUGAAUUUGCGGCUGUCCACUAAACCUUUUUCUGAAUUAGUUCACAUUACAAAACUGUCUCCGUCUCCCCGUGAGGUUUCAUGGCCAAUAUUUGGCCCGUCUCAACCUUCCAGACUGAGUAGCAAAAUACGAAUCUUUUCGUAAUGCACUGUUCCGUAACCCUAUCAGCCGUUCGUAAGUCAUCGUGCGUUUUUCCUCUGCAAAGAAGAAACAACGGACCUGAAACGCUUGAGUGUUGUGUUUUUAUUCUCGGCAGUUCGCUUUAACUAAGAGUACAACAGGAUCAGUGGAUUCUAAUAAGCUUUACAUGUGAGCCCAAAGUCAACAAAGACAUACGAUUAUUGAUGAACGACUCUCGGGCAAAAACCCGUGUCAGGUGGCUGAAUGGUGAAUACACCAUAUCUUCUGUUAACGUUUCAAGAGCCAUCUCUGCUCUCAUCCUCAGGGCAGCUGCGUAACAAACUAGUCCUCUGUAGCGCUCUGUACCCACACUGACGAUCCCCAAUAAUUUAAUUCACAUAUGGAGUUAAUCUCGCCAGAAGAAUGUUGGAUAGAACUUUGUAUGAGGUUGAUAGUACAGAAA